AUGGAUAACGCUUUCGAGGAAAGAUGGAGGGAUGAUUGUGAUUGGAUUAAAGAUCCGCUGAAGAAAAUCGACCGACUUCGGAACAAGCACAGUGCCUUCCUGUUGCCUGAGACGCACCGAUAUAUCAAGGCUUUUGAAGAGAAGACUGAGGCUAUAAGUUCACUCGAGGCAAAAGCUGUCCGGCGGACUGAAGACAGAGCCAAAGUCGCCUGCGGAUCGCUCGAGGUGGUGGUCCACUCUCUGCUGCUCAUCGAGAGAGGAGACAAGACGCUAUCUCGCCAAAGCAGCACCAUUGUGGAAACACUGGACUCCACAGCUGCCAAGUUCUCGAACCUCAGUCAGGUAUCAGAGGAAAACAUGUGGGAGCUUGGUGUCGAGGCAGGAGAUUGCAUGGAGCUGAAAGACAGCGUCGGGUGCUUUCUCGACAACCUCAAGGCCAAGAUCUCGGAACUAAACAGCUUUGUUCCACAGGUUUUUGAUCAAAAGGCUCGACAGGAUCGCCUAGUUGACGAAAGGCGUAGUCGUGAAAAGGCUCUUGCAGAUCACUAUCGGAAUGCUCAAAACGCGUUGGGCAACGUUGGAAAUGUGAUUGCCAACUUUUUUGACCGCGCUGUCAUGCGAAAUGCUAGGCACCGCCUCAAGCUCGCCCACACCGCCCUCGCCGACAACCGGAGGGAGCAAGAGCGGGCACAAAGCAUGAGCAGGGCUUAUUACCAGCUUGCCAUGACUGUGCGGAACCUCAGCGCUGCUAUCUACAGCCUUCAGAUCGCUCUGGAGAAGCUCCAACAGGAUAUUGGCGAGAAGUACAGCUACGUAACAGAUAAGCAGAGUGCCGAGACUCGUCUCUACCGCGGGCUUCUUGAUCUGCGCAACCAGAUUGUGUCUGGGGACUGGACCACCACGCGUGACCAUUCGCUGCAGGUCGUGCUCAAGCUGCUCACCGCUGGCGAUGCUGUUUUUAUUCCCAGACGGCACUACGAGCAAGUCCAGGCACGCAUCAGGGACAGUAUCACGGCCAAGUUGGGGAAUGGGGCAGUACAGAAGCUGAUAGACAACGUGCCGAUGCAUGUCGAUGGGUCAGAAGCUGCUUUGGAGUAUUGAUACCGUCUACUUGUUUUGUUUCUUUGCGACUAGAAACAGAACGGCCGCCUUGCUUUCUACAAACGGCCAAGAACCAUCCGAUAAGACCUUCCUCCCAGCUUCGCUGUGGCCUGGAACGAAAGACUCGAUGACCCGUGCAUGCGUUUUUUUUUCUUAAACGAGAUUUCUGGAGCAAUUCAGAGUUAAACUGCGCUAGAAGAAAAGUAGAUAUAUCUGCAAAAGCUCAGAUAGGUAUGUACCGUAGUAUGGAGUAAGGAAUUGAUAACUCUC